AUGGACGAGCAUGGGCGCUUGACACGGAGUGGGUGGACAACUCCAGGUUGUGCAGGGGCUGGCCAAGCAUUGAUCAGGAGUUGGUCACUGGUUGUGGACAGAUCAUCUCCUGUAUCGCAAAUGGACGGAUUGGGCAUGUUUCACGGAUUGGUCAGGGACGGAUCAUUGAUCGAUCAGAGCUGUCCGCAGCAAAGCCCUGAUGACCUCGAGAAUUACUACCCCAAGAUGAUCUUGUCCUAUGGUGCAAAGUACAAUGAUGGAACCACCACCUAUGGUGCUUACUCAUACAUUAUGGUAUCAAACAAGCACUUCAUGAUCAAAAUCCCUGACAACUUGCCUCUUGAUGGUGGUGCUCCUCUCCUUUGUGCCGAGAUCACUAUCUACAGUCCAUUGAAGUAUUAUGGGUUUAAUAAGGCUGGAAUGCAUUUGGGGGUCGUUUGGCUUGGUGGGCUCGGACAUAUAGCUGUAAAGUUUACUAAGGCCAUGGGCCUCAAAGUGACCGUUAUCAGUACCUCCCUUAACAAAAAGAAGGAAGCCAUGAACCAUUUGGGAGCUGAUACAUUCUUGGUUAGCUGUAACACAAAAGAGAUGGAACUUGUAAUGGGUACAAUGGAUGGCAUCAUUGACACCGUCUCAGCUAUACUUGCUUUGUUACCUUUGAUCAAUCUCUUGAAAAUUAAUGGAAAGCUCGUCAUGGUUGGGGCACCAGAGAAGCUCCUGGAGCUACUUGCUUUUCCACUCCUCAUGGGUAAGCCUAAGCAAGUCUUUUGUGUUUUAUAG